AUGGCAGAUACAAACCCUGCUGCCAAGCAUCCACCAGCGGCCACUGUCGAGGAUUGCGCAGAUACAGAUGAUGAGAAAGGUGACUCCAGCGCAUCCAAGCCGGCUUCCAACUCCAGUACCAAGAGGAGCCGCAAGACCUUAGAUCCUAAAAGGAGCUCUCCCAGCAAAGCAAGGCCAGCUAGUGUUACUGGACCGCCAGAAGCUCCACUACCUCCCGGGGAUACGGAUGCUCCUUCGCGACAACCCGAAGAACCUGCAUCUCAAGGAGGAGCAAAGGAGGAGGUAAGCUGCGAACCAGGGGCCAAAACGUCACAUAGAUCAAGACGACCUAGUCAAGCUCCUGCUCCAUCCAGCCCUGGUCGGGUUCCCAGAGAAAUAAGACAGGAUCCAGAAAGACAUCGUCGUGAAAGACGUCCUCCUAAUGAGCCUCCUUGUGGUUGCAGAGACUGUAUGAAUGCAUCCCAUCAUGGUACAAGACCAGGACCCAACCCUCUCCAGCAGGAUCAUCGUACCCACACAUUCCCUGCGAGGCCUCCCCAUGGCCCACCUCCGAUCGUUCGCCAUGGUCCACCAUCUGGUGUCAUGCCCCCGGGACAUAUACCACCACCUGGAGCGAGGAUAGUGUAUUCACCUGGUACCACUUUCGCAGGAUGCCAUCCUCCACCUCCAGAGAUGAUGCCCAGGUUCGACCCUAGGUCACAGCCAAUGCAUUCUGGUAUGCCACCUCCUCUUUAUCCCAGCAUGUAUGCUCCUUCUGGUGUCUCUAUGCCACCACCCUUGCCUGGCGCAGGAGGACCGCCACCACCCAUGAAGUUACCAAUCAGGCCUGCGAUUCAUCAUCCCGAAAGAUCAAAGACCACGACCUCAUUGCCAAAGCGUUCGUCCAAGAUCUCGACAUACGACACUACCUCUGCUCCUUUCUCUCCUGAUGACGAUGAGCACUUCUCAGCUCGAAACUUGCCUUCGAAACCGCAGCAUAUGCCGGGAGGGUUUGAAUCGGAUUCCUACUCUUCCGAGUCGCCGCCGGAUAGUCCUGAAUACUUUAAGCAGCCAAGGCGGCCCGCCACCUUUCAUCGUGCCACUACGUCGGCAGUUCAGCAAAUCAAUCGGAGUGGCCACACAAGGUCGAGAUCGGAUUAUCCGGCAGAGUCGGCAUAUGGUUACCACCGCGCGUAUCCCACUGAGCCUGCUUGGGACCAGAACAUACAUGCCGGAUACUCAGACCAUGGGGACCAGCGAUCCUACCCAGGCGGCAGACGAGGCUCCAACGCAACUACCUGGACGCAGCAUACCUCAGCUUCUGACCCUCAACACCCAAGCUAUGUCCACUACAACCAGCACAACUUCAACAAUGAUGAACACGCCGCCAUAGACUACAUGAAUCAAGCUCGCGGCCACUCCGAAGAAAGAAUUACGGCAGAAGCACUACGUCAACUCCCAGGAGGUCCCCGCAGUACGCGAAGCAAUCACAGCCACCGCCGCAGCCAACACAGCAUGAGCGAAACAUCCUCGCGGCACCGCGGCGCAGAAGGCAGUGUAAAGCUGAUCAUGUCCAUCGCCGCAGCCGAGGACACGAGGAUCCAGCUGAGCGGCGACAUGGGCGAUCGCGAGGUAUCGUUACGUUCGACCAAUGAUCCUGGCAGGGUGGAGGUUACAAUCGCAACGGUUGCUGGUGGCGAGUCUAGGUAUUUGAAGAGUGCGAGUCAGACUUCUCGUGCACCUACGAGGUCUUCGGGUAGUACGAGGCAUGCUACUCGUGGUGGAGCUGAGGGGCAAGAGCAGGGUCGUAGCAUUCGCGUCUUGGACAUUCUCAGCCUCACGGCGGCAGGCAGCGACUACUUCUCAGAUAGUAAUGAAAAUGACUCGCAACAGAAGGUCUUGAUGAGGUUCAUGGGAUUUUCGUAG